AUGUCUCAACUCAGCUACGCGAAGUAUGGCAAGGACAACGUCCGUUUGUACAAGGUAGAUAAGAACGAAAAGACCGGCGUCCACACCGUCAUUGAGCAGACUGUUUGCACUCUCUUGGAGGGCGAAAUUGAGACCGCCUACACCAAAGCAGACAAUGGCCCCGUCGUCGCCACAGACACCCAGAAGCAAACCAUCUACGUCCUUGCAAAGCAGCACGCCAUUGACCCGCCCGAGCAAUUCGCUGCGACUCUCGGCGAUCACUUCGUCAAGACCUACCCGCACAUUCACGCCGCCCACGUCAAGAUCGUCCAGCACCGCUGGACGCGCAUGACCAUCGACGGCAAGCCGCACCCGCACUCGUUCUUCCGUGAUGGCGAGGAGAUCCGCGUCGUCGAGUCCGUCACGCGUGAGAACCAGGGCGUAGAGAUCAAGUCGAAGAUCGAGAAGCUGCUCGUGCUCAAGAGCACCGGGUCUGCCUUCUAUGGCUUCCAUCGUGACGAAUUCACGAGGCUGCCGGAGACUUGGGACCGCAUUCUCAGCACCGAGAUUGAAGCGGGGUGGAAGUGGAAAACGUUCCAGAAUGUGAACGAGGUCAAGGACGUGGACUUCAACGGCGCGUGGCAGAGAGCCAGGGACAUCACGCUGAAGAUCUUCGCCGAGGACGAUAGCGCGAGCGUGCAGGCGACCAUGUACAAGAUGGGCGAGCAGAUUCUCGCUGAUGUACCGUUGGUUGAGGAGGUCGACUAUGUCCUGCCGAACAAGCACUAUUUUGAGAUUGACCUCAGCUGGUACAAGGGCCUCAAGAACACCGGCAAAGAUGCCACCGUCUUCGCGCCCCAAUCCGACCCCAACGGCCUUAUAUUCUGCACCGUCGCCCGCAAGCCCAAGUCCCAAGCUAUAGAGCUUCACCCGCUCUAUUUAUGA